AUGCAGUCUCUAGUAGAUAUGACACUUAUGUGUAGUUCUCAUACUUUGCGAGUCCACAAAGCAGUUCUAGCAGCUAGUAGUGCAUAUUUCCAGGAAGUAUUACAAAAACAGACCGGCGAACCGCUGAUUAUUCUAAAAAUGCGUUUCAGUGUUCUUAAGUCUCUGGUAGAAUUCAUGUAUUGCGGAAAAACGCAAUGCUUAGAAGAAAAUUUAGAUGAAUUAGUUGCGGCUGCGCAAUUUCUAAAGAUCAAAGGACUAUCUAAAGUGACAAAGGAAGGUCUAGGAAUCACAAAACACAGUGAUUUACCAAUUUUUACGCCGCCUGUGGUAAUUAAUCGGCCGCCACAAUCUCUUAUCGACUUGCAUACACAGGACAUGGUGGUUCGGAUACCGUUCGACAUUGAGAACGGCAGCGGUACAACGUCAAGUGGCGAUUAUACAGAUACACCGCGCGUCAUCAGGCCGCGACGAGGUCGACCAAGCAUCAGGCGAUCCAUGGGUUGGGACGGACCCAGUGCUUUAGGAAGGGCGGCUGAACGCGCGUUGCUUCGUCGUGAGCAGGACUCGCGAAAGGCCAUACACCAACUCAAACAUCUACAGACGAGGCACAUGCAGGACUACAUGGAUCGGGUAACAUUAUCACAAGCGGUUAAUAGCAUUUGCGAUCCGGAGUCUUCCACAAAUACUUAUUUGAACAUGGAUAACGAUCUAAUGUACAUGGACCAAUCCAUCUCAUCCAACACUCUCGAUCAGACGAUGCCUUUCUCCAAAGACUCGCUAAUGAACGAAACUAUUACACCAAGUUUUGCUAGCACAAGCACAACGAAUUCGGCCAACGAAACUGUCACAAGUGGUAUCAGUACCGCCAUGUCGCAGUACGUAAAUGCUUUAAAAAGUGCCGGCUUACCUACCGAUUUACCAAUUCUUUUUGAAUCUGGUGACGGCUCAUACAUCAAUGUAAAUGAGCAAGUGCUUUUAGAUAUGGUACAGAGUAGCGAGAUACAAUAUGAAGUCAUCGAACAACCUAAUAUAAUAGAAAAAGUUGCUGAUCCUAGCGAAAUAAAAAGCAUAGAUGACCUAUCCAAAUCAAUAGAGAGAGGGGAAAUGCUUAUGGCCUCAAAGAAUUACAGCAGUAGUAAUUUUGACAAAGACUCGCAAUAUAAUCGUCACGAAGAUGCAAUCAACAGCCUGAGUGCAAUUCUACCCGAUAAUCUAGAGUCAUUUGCUGAACAACAAAAUUACGUUGUACUCGGACAUGAUCUUCAAGAAAGUCAACCGAACAUGGAUCCUGUAACCUCACACGAUUUCUCCUGUAUCGACAGUGACAUGCAGUUUUUUACUAAAUCAAUGAGUGAUGACGUGAAGAACUUUUAUGAGGAUCAACAGUUAAACGAUGCAAGGGUAAUGGAGCAGCUCUGUCCAAGCACAUCUCUCGAUACAAAUUUCAAUAUGUCCUUGUUAGAUUCAAAAACCUCACAUCUCGGUGAGAAUAUGUCACAAACAUAUAACACGUUGAACAAUGAAGAUAUGCGAAGAAACGAGGAUUGCUACGAUUUCACUCUGCAACUGCCGCAAGGCUCGGACUUUAAAGAGGAUCCCCUUGAUUGCUUAAUUUCCAAUUCUAAACAAAGUGAUGAUGAAAAAAAUGAUUUUGAUGAUCACGACGGUUUAGAUAAGAGAGCGCAAGAAAGGGAUGACUUAAUCAAAGAUUUAAUGAAUAUAGAAGAUAAGAUUAACUUGGAAAAUAGCACUGAAGUUACUGAAAACGAAAAAGUGGCAUCAGAAUCUAACUGUGAUUUUAACGUAGAGGAAGUUUUUCGGAAAGAAGUAAGUGAAAUAAAUGAAACAUGUGGAAAUACAGAUAAUUUAGAAAAUGAAUUACACUGGGACCAAGUUAAGGUAAGCAAUAACAUAAUCGACAAAAUAUGUGAAUCUGAAAACAUUGUAAGAGCUUCAAAUGAAACAAAAAAUCAAGAUUCAGUGGAUGAUUUAACGGAAAAAAUCAAACAAAAAUCAAAUGAAUGGGAUAACGUAUUAAAUAAAGAUAAUGAUGAAGCAAAUAAAGAAAAUACGGACCAUUUAAAUCACGACAUUAAUUCGAAAUUAGAAACUGAUAUUCCUUUUGCUGUUGGACUACUCCCUUUAAAACAAAUUCAAACCGCAGACGAAGGUUUAUUUAAAAGGAGAAAAUCUAACGACUCUGACAUGUUAGACAAUGUGGAUGCAAAAUGUCUUAAACGAAAAGUAAAAUACAAAAAACUGUGA